UCAAGCAGAAUAAAAAUUACUAUGGUAGUCAAUGAUGACUUUUAUUUUGAAAGCACGUCUGUGACAGAUUUUGAAAGGGAAAUGAUCAGUACAAAGCGUUGCAGACAGGAACCUUCAACCUACAAUGUUGGGAACUGCUUCGUGAGUAAUAAAGUGAAUGCUGGAUGAGGGAUAAUGGCACAUGUUGGAGCAGUAGUUGCAGCAAUGGCUGGUUUGAUGGCCAUUCUGCUCCAUUCUUCCAUACACAAGAUUGAGGAGGGGCAUUUAGCAGUUUAUUACAGAGGAGGAGCCUUGCUGACCAGUCCUAAUGGCCCAGGUUACCAUAUAAUGCUGCCUUUCAUCACUUCAUACAGAUCAGUCCAGACAACCCUGCAAACAGAUGAAAUUAAAAAUGUGCCUUGUGGAACCAGUGGGGGUGUCAUGAUCUAUUUUGACAGAAUUGAAGUGGUAAACAUGCUGGUUCCAUCAGCAGUGGUUGACAUAGUGAAGAACUACACUGCAGAUUAUGACAAGACCCUCAUCUUCAACAAAAUUCACCAUGAGCUGAAUCAGUUCUGCAGCGUACACACACUACAGGAAGUCUACAUAGAGCUGUUUGACAUAAUUGAUGAGAACUUAAAGACUGCUUUGCAGAAGGACUUAAUUGCAAUGGCUCCCGGACUCACUAUUCAGGCUGUGCGAGUCACCAAGCCCAAAAUUCCUGAGGCGAUUAGAAGAAACUAUGAGCUAAUGGAAGCAGAGAAGACCAGGCUGCUCAUCACUGCUCAAACACAGAAAGUUGUUGAAAAGGAAGCUGAAACUGAGAGAAAGAAGGCUAUCAUAGAGGCUGAGAAAAUGGCUCAGGUUGCUCAAAUUCACUUUCAACAAAAAGUGAUGGAGAAGGAAACUGAGAAAAAGAUCUCCGAAAUAGAAGAUGCUGCUUUUCUGGCGAGGGAGAAAGCGAGAGCAGAUGCUGAGUAUUACACUGCUGGAAAAUUUGCUGAAGCCAACAGGAUAAAGCUGACACCAGAGUAUCUGGAACUGAUGAAAUACCAGGCCAUAGCAGCAAACAGCAAGAUCUACUUCGGUCAGGACAUCCCGAACAUGUUUGUGGACACCAGCGCCACCCGGACAUUUACAAGCCAGGAUACAGCAGAUUCAAUAGAGCAGCUGGAGUCCCUGAGUAUAAAAGAGGGUCUUAAGAAAGCGUCCAAGCCCAAAACGGCAGCUGAAGGCCACUGAGGGGGAGAGCUGCACCCCUCUCCCACCCCUGCCUUCUUCUUUCUCUCUUUCUCUUUGUGGGGCAUGAGUGCUUGUGUGGCAUGCUGACAUGGAUAUUUUUCACUCUUAUACAGCAGUGGGGUUGGGUGCUUGGCUAGCUGUGCUGUGAGUCAGUAAGCUGAAUACACAGAGUCAGAGGCUGUGAUUUAACAGCAGACUGAAACAAUUUGUCUUAAGACGAGGCUAAAUUUUUCCAGAAUUGUCUCAACUGUACUGUGCUACUGAUUUAGGCCAUAUUGAAUCAUUGCAAUCCAUAUCUUUAUACCCUCCAAAGGCUCGCAUAAGCAUGCUAUUUUCUUUUUCCUCAACUGUUGGUCUUAACUUUUGCUUAGCCUUUUUCAAAUCCAUGUUAAAUAAUUGUUUGAUGCAGGCUGAUGCAUCUGUGUGAAAUAUGUGAACAUUUAGAAAUGUAUGUGUCGUCUUUUAUGUUACUGGAAUUGUAAGGCACCACACUAAUUCAAAGGGCGAUGGGUUACGCAGAUACAAACAGAUGAGAUUUGUUUUGUACUGUAGCUCAAGUUUGUCAUCUCCUUUCUUUAAUGUGUUGUUAUAGAGAGUUGCAGAAUAAAGUCCUUAUUUCUGCGUUCCCUAACAAAGUAAAAUCUUAAAUAAGUUCACCUGGUGCCUGGUGGCUUAAAAGCAGAAAUAGGUGUAAUUGUUAGUUUAAACAUUAAAUUUUGGUUAAUCUUUAACACAAAUCUCUUCAAAUUGAUACCUGAUUACUCCUAAGCUAAUUUAGUUUCAUGUAAUUUUGGAAAUGGUGGGUUCAGUAUUGCUUUUUGUAGAGAUUUAGUUUGUGGGUGCCCUGUGAACGUUGAUUUAAAUUGUUGAUUCAUAGGAAGUUUCACAAACUGAGCAUGGGUGUAGGGCUUUCAUGAAAGGGUUAAAAGUGAAGUUUGAGAACCAGGGCUUGUGGCUUUGAAAGGCUAUGAUAUGGACUAACAGACGUUGGAUAAAUUGUGGUCUGAUUGAAAAUGCCUUCAUAACCUCUUCCUUGUUUUGUCAUUACUGGAAAGAAUUUCAAAGGGAAUCUAAUUAAAAUAAGGGCUGUUGAGUUAUAAGACACUAAUUAAGAAAUUGACCAUUAUGAUGGCCUGAUGCAUUAAGAAUAUUGAUUUAAACAGUUUUCAUACAUUAACAGUAAAACAUACUGGAUGUGGUUUUUAGCCAGGUGUUUGUUAUGUAGACCACUACACUGUCAAUAAAAAGGUCCCUAGCUCAUGGAGUGGUACCCUUUCAAAAAAGUAUACCAUUGCACCUUAAGAAUUCAUAUUGGUGUGUCAAAUGUAUAUAUAUCUGUACCUAAAUGGUACGUAUAAGGACCUGUUUGAAGGCUACUACCCCAUUGACAGCUUGGGACCAUUUUUUGACCAUUUUUUCUGAUAGUGUAGCCUCAGAAGUUUUAAUAUGUCACCACUAGGGGAGGCAAGUGAUCUUCAGGAAUAAAAAUACUAAAAAGCUAAAUGAGAUGCAUGCACAAAACAUAAUUAAUCUUCCUUAAGUAAGACAUGCCUAAUUUGCUUUAUAUCAAACCAUUUGCAAGGUUAAAAUGAUUUGUUUACUAGAGCCCUCUCUCAGGAAAAAGAGACCGGAAUGUUAACUUGAAUUACCUGCUUUUUUUGAUACCCAACAGUAAGCCUAUGACACUUCACAGAUAUCUAUGUCAGAUGUGCAGUAAUGUUAUUUCUGUGUGAAUCUGUCAUACAGCAUUUAGUUUGUACAUGCAUACAUGUCCAUAGCAGUUAGUCAAGGUUUCUGCCAUAACCAUGUUACAUUGGUUUCCUUUUUUCCCUUCCCACAUUGCUUUCCUUCAGGUUGUAUGUUUAUUUUUGUCUCAAAAGCUUAAAAGAAAAUCUUAAAGCCUAAUACAGAUGUUGCUGUUUGUAUGAUCUCUGUGGUUCUUGUGGUCGAUGACGAGCGGAUAAAACUUGACUGCCCUGGAAUAAACCCACUCUGUGAAUGUCACUUUUUUAUGUCGGCAUAAUUUAAGCUCUUAAUUUUAAAACAUUUAUAUGCAAAAUUUUUAAAGUUUUGACACUGUUCAAUUCUGUGAAAUAAAACCUAUUUUGAUACAAUGGAAA